AUGUCCAUCUGGGAUGCCCUGACAGGACGCAAGUCCUCGUCUCCGACCUCGUCAUCGAGUGCGCCCGCCGCGCCAUCCACCUCGAGUUUCGACCAAAGCCACCCCUCUUCCUCGUCCACCACCACCCCCACCACCACCAGCUCCUUCCAACAGCCGACAACAACCUUCGACCCAACGACCGCCGCGCAGGGCGUAGAAUCCUUCCUCGGCAGCUCCUCCUUCGCCGAUCCGACACAGCUACACCCCCUCGCAGGGCUCAACAAGGACACGCUCGACUACCUCUCUCUCGAAGACUCGGCGCUCUCCAGCCUCCCCGGCUCACAAUCGGCGCUUCCGUCGCGCGGCUUCACCGACGAUCUCUGCUACGGAACCGGCACGACCUACCUGGCCGGUCUGACGGUAGGCGGGGCGUGGGGUCUGCAGGAAGGGCUGCGCAAGUCGGCGGGGGAGUCGCCCAAGCUGCAGCUGAACUCGGUGCUCAACUCGGUCACGCGGCGCGGGCCGUUCCUGGGCAACUCGGCGGGUGUCGUGGCGAUCUGCUAUAACUGCUUUAACUCGGGGAUUGGGUACUUGAGGGGGAAGAAUGAUGCGGCGAAUACGAUUCUGGCGGGCGCCCUGAGCGGGAUGGUGUUCAAGAGCACGAGGGGUUUGAGGCCGAUGGUGAUCUCGGGUGGGAUUGUGGCGUCGGUGGCUGGCGCUUGGGCGAUUGUAAGGAGGACGGUCUUCCACGGCGCUGAGGAGAAGCAUGAAGAGGCCCUUGCAACACUCUAA